CUUAUAUAGUGUUGUACCUUUGUUAAUAUGUACAUGGACCCGUUCGUGUCUACCUUCUUUCUGGAAGUCUCUUACAAUAUAAUUAAAUUUACCAUGGAAGAUGCUUUUUCUCCCACUUCAGUUAAAAAAGGUCACCAACAUAGAUAUAUUUCAAUGUCUGAGAACGCAGAAUUGUGUCAGCUUCAAAUGCAGCGAUACGGGCUCAAGUCGAGGGGACAUUUGGCCAUUGGCUGCGGAGUUUGCAACUUUACUUGCCAUGGACUGUCUCCGCAAGAUGCCAUCAGGCAACACAUCCGUGAGGUGCCAUGGACCAAAUGCUUGGCCGCCAUUACGUCUGUCGGGGGUUAGAGGUCAGCAGGAUCUGCGCCGAGGACGGACUAGCAUAUCCUGCUGGUAAGCAGGACUUUGUUUCAUAUCUUCUGCUAGUCUUGCCAUCAAACGCUAACCUGUUCAGGGAAAUAGUUUUAGGGUCCCCAGCGACCCUUAACAUGAGCCAGGGAAUAUGCAGGCGGAUGUCUUUCUCUCACAUGGACCCACGUUAUUUACAUCGCAUUAACACAGAUGGGCUGUCUGCGGCUGGCUUCUAUUACUCUAUUGAGCGAGACAGUGUUCGUUGCUACUACUGUGACAUGUCCAUCGGAAAAUGGCGGGACCAUGUCUACAAUAGGGACCCUUUUGUGGAGCACUGCCUAACGCACCCAUAUUGUCCACACAUCAUUUUGACCAAAGGCCUCGUGUUUGUGGAUGAGGUUCUACUGGGAAAAACCAGGAAACGACAGAGAAACUCGGAAGAAUCAAACGGUAUAUGAAUCAUAGUUUCAUGGUUUUUUUAGAUUACUACACCUACAAAAUACAUAUUUUCAAAGAAUAAAAACUUGCUACAUCGAUGAUUAAUGUAUAUUUAUAUAUUUAAGGCCAAUCAUUUUACUAAUUUAUUAAUUGUCCUGAGUAAAAAGUUCUCAAAUGAACACUCGAAGCAGGGUACAAACGAGAAUCGUGUAAAAUUUAAGAGUUUAACACAGUUACUCAAGCUUUUUAAAAACGAAUACUGUCUUACGACUUCUUUCCUUGUAACUCAGAGGAAUUUCAUGGGUUAUGUAAAACCACAUUUCGAACAUGGAAACGUGAUGUAUAUGUUAUCUUAUAUAAUCAGAAUGUUAUUUGUUGUAGUGUUAUAUUGCAUCAGAAAUAUAGGCCCGAUUACUUUGUUUUCAAUAAAAUUGCUUUUUUCUUAAUGGCGCAAUGACGUUUUCAAGUAUCAAGCCAGUUAUUGUGGUUUUUUAUAAUUGCACUCAGAUUAAAGGCUCCUAAUAUUAGAUAUGAAUGAAACGUUCAAUACUUGUUCCUAGUAACAUGAAGUGCCUCAUACUUGUUCCUAACAUGAAGUGCUUCGUGCUCAAUCCUUCUUCCUAACAUGAAGUGUCUCGUGCGCAAUGCUUGUUACUAACAUGAAGUGUCUCGUGCUCAAUCCUUCUUCCUAACAUGAAGUGUCUCGUGCGCAAUGCUUGUUCCUAGCAUUAAGUGUCUCGUGCGCAAUGUUUGUUACUAACAUGAAGUGCCUCGUGCUCAAUGUUUGUUCCUAACAUGAAGUGCCUCAUGCUCAAUUCUUGUUCCUAACAUGAAGUGCCUCGUGCUCAAUGCUUGUUACUAACAUGAAGUGCCUCAUGCCCAAUGCUUGUUCCUAACAUGAAGUGCCUCGUGCUCAAUGCUUCUUCCUAACAUGAAGUGCCUCGUGCUCAAUGCUUGUUCCUAACAUGAAGUGUCUCGUGCGCAAUGCUUGUUACUAACAUGAAGUGCCUCGUGCUCAAUGCUUGUUCCUAACAUGGAGUGCCUCAUGCUCAAUGCUUGUUCCUAACAUGAAGUGCCGCGUGCUCAAUGCGUGUUACUAACAUGAAGUGCCUCGUGCUCAAUGCUUGUUCCUAACAUGAAGUGUCUCGUGCUCAAUGCUUGUUACUAACAUGAAGUGCCUCGUGCUCAAUGCUUGUUCCAACAUGAAGUGCCUCAUUGUUCCUAACAUGUAGUGCCUCGUGCUCAAUGCUUGUUCCUAACAUGAAGUGCCUCGUACUCAAUGCUUGUUCCUUACAUGAAGUGUCUCGUGCUCAAUACUUGUUCCUAACAUGAAGUGCCUCGUGCUCAAUGCUUGUUCCUAACAGGUAGUGUAUCGUGCUCAAUGCUUGUUCCUAACAUGAAGUGCCUUGUGCUCAAUUCUUGUUCCUAACAUGAAGUGUCUCGUGUUCAAUGCUUGUUCCUAACAUGAAGUGCCUCAUUGUUCCUAACAUGAAGUGCCGCAUGCUCAAUGCUUGUUCCUUACAUGAAGUGCCUCAAGUACAAUGCUUGUUCCUAACAUGAAGUGCCUCAUGCUCAAUGCUUGUUCCUAACAUGAAGUGUCUCAUGCUCAAUGCUUGUUCCUAAUAUGAAGUGCCUCAUUGUUCCUAACAUGAAGUGCCUCAUACUCAAUGCUUGUUCCUAACACGAAGUGCCUCAUGUACAAUGCUUGUUCCUAACAUGAAGUGCCUCAUGCUCAAUACUUGUUCCGAACAUGAAGUGCCUCAUUGUUCCUAACAUGAAGUGCCGCAUGCUCAAUGCUUGUUCCUUACAUGAAGUGCCUCAAGUACAAUGCUUGUUCCUAACAUGAAGUGCCUCAUGCUCAAUGCUUGUUCCUGACAUGAAGUGCCUCAUGCUCAAUACUUGUUCCGAACAUGAAGUGCCUCAUUGUUCCUACCAUGAAGUGCCUCAUGCUCAAUACUUGUCUUAACAUGAAGUGCCCCAUUGUUCCUAACAUAAAGUGCCUCAUGCUCAAUACUUGUUCCGAACAUGAAGUGCCUCAUUGUUCCUAACAUGAAGUGCCUCAUUGUUCCUAACACGAAGUGCCUCAUGCUCAAUGCUUGUUCCUAACACGAAGUGCCUCAUGCCCAAUGCUUGUUCCUAACAUGAAGUGGUUCAUGUACAAUGCUUGUUCCUAACAUGAAGUGCCUCAUGCUCAAUGCUUGUUCCUGACAUGAAGUGCCUCAUUGUUCCUAACAUGAAGUGCCUCAUGCUCAAUACUUGUCCUAACAUGAAGUGCCUCAUUGUUCCUAACAUAAAGUGCCUCAUGCUCAAUACUUGUUCCCAACAUGAAGUGCCUCAUGCUCAAUGUUUUAUAUUGUUUACAUUACUGCCUUGUAAAAAGAAUGUAUUAUUGUUCACAUUCUCAAGUGAAGCUCUCGUAUUCGUAUUAAUUGUCUAAAAUAUUAAUUUUACUAUAAAAUUUGACAUUUUUAUGCCAUCACAUAUAAACUAUGUUCACGGACAACGACAUCGUGAUAAAGAAACUGAGGGAUAUUCCAACUGUAGAUAGAACUCCACAUCACCAUCCGAGAUUCUCAACAUGAAAUAGUUGAAGUUUAAGUAGCAGUAGUAGUACUUCUACUUGUAUUAGUAGUAGAAGCAGUAGCAGUAGUAGUACUUCUACUUGUAUUAGUAAGCAGUAGCAGUAGUAGUACUUCUACUUGUAUUAGUAGUAGAAUCAGUAACAGUAGUAGUACUUCUACUUGUAUUAGUAGUAGAAGCAGUAGCAGUAGUAGUAC